AUGCCGCCCGUCGAUUAUGCUCUCGGGCACGCACCACAACACCAGUAUCCGCCCACGAGCCACAUCCCGAGCAUGGCCCCGCACGCGCCAUGCAUCGAACCGUACAUUCCCCAAAUCUAUCCCGAGCCACUCACUAGAAUCAAUCGUCACAUGGUGUUUGAUCGUGUCUUUCUUCUUCUCCGGGAUAAUUUAAGCGAGUGGUGGCAUCAGAAUCCUGCGGCGCUCUUCCACGUCACUGAACGCAUCAUCGACAGUAUCAUCAGGCGUGGUCAAGCUGGAGCCUUUGGUCCCACUGGUCUCUCGUCUCUUACACAGAUUUUCCUAUGUAUCGGCCACGAGGGUAUCUACCAUUACAUGUGCCUUGCUGCACAUUCAGGCUUUCACAGUAUCCAUGUUCUGCUUAAAGGCGAUCUUUGCGCGAUGGAACACAGGGACCCCAUAUUUUCUCCUGAUUUGAUGUCGUUGUGCAAGUUGGGUUUUAACCAAGCUGCUGCCAGGUUAUAUGCCGACAUUUAUGCUACAAGAAAGCACAGGAAAUAG